AUGCAUCUUUCUCCAACUGCAUUUGUCUUGCAUGGUAAAGAAAACCUCUUUAUUCAAAACCAGCACAAAAUCCGUCAGCGCGUCCACUCUAAAAGUUUUUUUCAUUCCACACGUGCUUUUCUUGCUUUCUUUUUUUCUUCCUUUUCCUACAUCUGUGAUGAAUAUUUUAAUCCCACACCUUAUUUAUUUCUUUCUUUCAACACCUAUAAAAACUCCUCCACGGUGAAAAAUACUCCACAACAUUUUCUUUCUUUCAACCUCUGUAAUAAAUGUUUUCAUUCGACAUUUUCUUUCUAUCUUUCUUUCUAUCUUUCUUCCAACUUUCUUUCUUUCUUUCUUUUUUCCAACAUGUGUAACAAAUGUUUUCAUUCGACAUUUUUCUUUCUUUCUUUCUUUCUUUCUUUCUUUCUUUAUUUCUUUCUUCUUUUCUUCUUUCUUCCAACAUCUGUAAUAAAUAUUUUCAUUCGACAUUUUCUUUCUUUCUUUCUUUCUUUCAACGUCAUUUUCUUUUUUUCUUUUUUUUUCUUUCUUUCUUUCUUUCUUUCUUUUCUUCUUUCUUCCAACAUCUGUAAUAAAUAUUUUCAUUUUUUUCUUUCUUUCUUUCUUUCUUUCUUUUCUUUCUUUCUUUCUUUAUUUCUUUAUUUUUUCUUUCUUUCAACAUCUGUAAUAAAUUUUUCAUUCGUCAUUUUCUUUCUUUCUUUCUUUCUUUCUUUCUUUCUUUCUUCCAACAUCUGUAAUAAAUGUUUUCAUUCGACAUUUACUUUCUUUCUUUCUUUUCUUCCAACAUGUGUAACAAAUGUUUUCAUUCGACAUUUUUCUUUCAUUCUUUCUUUCUUUCUUUCUUUCUUUUCUUCUUUCUUUCUUUCUUUCUUACAACAUCUGUAA